CACAGACCGGAAACGAAACACACAGACGGUCUGCAGCUCCUGGCGUAGUUACAAGAAAAAGUGAUUUGAUUUCCCCAGCAGACGAGAUGGCCAAGUGGUUCAUAUUAAGCGUUCUGCUACUUGCCGGUGGUGCAGUGCAUAGCAAGCCUACUUUUGGCAAGGAACAUGUUCACAUUCGCAUCCACCUGCCCGAGGAACAUGGACAUGACGAUCAUGGCGGCCACGGUGGUGGCGGCGGCCAUGGUCACGGUCACGGCGGUGGUGGUGGCCAUCAUGAAACCAUUAUUGUUGAUGCAGGAGGUCAUGGAGGCGGUGGUGGUGGCGGUCACGGACAUGGACACGGUGGUGGCGGUGGUCAUCAUGAAACCAUUAUUUUAGAUGCUGGUGGGCAUGGCGGCGGUGGUGGUGGCGGUCACGGUCAUGGACAUGGUGGGGGCGGCGGCGGUGGGGGUCAUCACGAAACUAUCAUAUUGGAUGCUGGUGGUCACGGUAGCGGCGGCGGCGGUGGCGGUUAUGGUGGUGGUCAUGGCGGCGGUUAUAGUGGCGGCCAUGGUGGUGGUGGUGAAGCCCAUACACUAAUCAUCUCAGACGCAGGCGGUCAUGGUGGACACGGCGGUGGUGGCAGCUAUGGUGGUGGAUACAGUUCCGGCGGACAUGGUGGUCAUGGCGGGGGAGAUGCUCACGUAGAUACUUAUGCCAUUAUUAAAGAAUCUGGCGGUGGGUAUAGUGCGAGCGGUCAUGGCGGCGGUGGCUAUAGUUAUGGAGGCGGUCACAGCAGUGGAGGCGGGGGUGGCGAUGCACAUCUGGCUAAAUUAGCAGCGGUAGCGGCAACGUCUGGUGGCUCUCACGGCAGUGGAGGCGGCGGUUAUGGUGGUGGCGGCGGCGGUGGUCAUGAUGACAGUCAUUUAGCUGCAGUGGCAGCCGCCGCAGGUGUAUCUGCGCAUGGCAGCAGCGGCGGUGGCGGUUAUGGCGGUGGCGGUUACAGUAGCGGGGGUGAUGCGCAUUCCAUUGCCAAUAUAGCUGCGGUAGCCGCUUCAAGCGACUCACACGGCAGCGACGGCGGUGGUUAUGGUGGUGGCAGUUAUAGCAGCGGUGGAGGCUAUAGCAGCGGGGGAGAUUAUAGUAGCGGUGGACACGACGAUGCCAAGAUUGCAGCGAUAGCCGCGUCAACAAGCAGCAGCUCCAGCGGCUAUGGUGGGUAUAGCGGCGGAGGCUAUAGCAGUGGUGGCUACAGCGGUGGUGGAGGUUAUAGCGGCGGCGGUCAUAUCGACACAGCUGUUAUCGCCUCAGCAGCCGGUGCGCACGGAGGCUCAAGCGGCGGAGGGGGAGGUUAUAACUAUGCACCCGCUUCCGGGGGUGGCGGCUGGCAAUCGGGUGGAAGUGGUGGUUGGGCGGCGUCAGGCGGCGGUGGUGGCGGCAGCAGUGGCUGGUAUAAACGCAAAUGAGCGCCGCGUGUAGGCAACGCGUUCACACACAAAACAGCCGCCCAAAGUUUAGUUAUUUAAGCAAGCGCAUAAAUAUGUUUUCUACUGCUGUUGUAGAUACGUCUAAGGUUAAGCAUAUUUAUUCUAGUCCACUAAUGCUGGGGGAAACUGCGGAGGGAGGAUGCGAUCGCGCAUACGCAUUUAACGUCGUUUAGCUGCUCACCGCACACAUCACCUUAAGCGUUCAAUACGCUCAUCUUAAAUUAUGUUCAACAAAGCACAAAUCAUUUUGUUACAUAAG